AAGCGGCUUGUGAUUCACUUACCUAAGGUGUCAUUUACGAUAGCCGUAAAUAACGGGUGUAAGUUUUUAAACGUUAAGUAGCGUGGUGAAGACUCCGUUGAAUGUAAGACUAGUACGCUAACAGAUGCUAGCAAAAGUCAAAUGUGGCUACGCGGUUGUGCUCACGCAUUUCGUUAGCUCGGUUGCUAAUUAACCGACUAAGCAUCGUUUUGAGGUGUAAACAAGGAGGCUGGUUAGCUAGCUAGAGACUGCAAAGUCCCAGUUAUGGUGGUUUCGGUCGUAUCUCUUGGCAAACCCAGCCGGCGUUCAAGUCUGAGGCCUGUGAAGAGGUUCAUCGCGAGCUGUCCGCCAUUUUGUGAUUCUGGCUAACCUAGUAACAACCUAACCUAACCUAGCUUAGCAUCGACUUAUUUACUUGUUUAGUAUCGACGUGAGAGAAUAGGUGGCUAAAAACAUAACAUUCCACAUUUCUUUUUACUAGCGGUCUAGCUUACUAACUUGCCUUGCUUUACAGAUGCGACUUUUGGCUUAUUUAGCUAGCUAGUUAGCUUUAAUGCUCAUUUGCAAAUCCAGCUAGCAAGACAGUUACAGACAACCUCGUUAACGUAUGUCACGAUGGCCAACAUUCAUGAGUGAAUUUCGCCUUUUGUUUCACUCUGUCGGAGGCUUGCUUGAGUGGGGAAAAAACCCACACUGUAUGACCACAGAACUAGCUAAAGCCUCUGUAGGCCUCUGGUCAAAAUGCAUCCGUGCAAGGGGGAUCCUUCCUGCACCAGGCACAGAGUGGUGCAGAAAAACAGCCUUAUCUUACAGCAAAUGGAGGAAUUUAGGAACCACAUAGCUAGCUGGUUUGCUAGCUAUCUGUAAGUAAGUGGACUGCUGAAAUUCCACCCAAAUGGUCUUCCAGUGCUGGAUCCAAAAAAAACUAUCCUGUCAAGUUGGUCAGCAAUGCCAAAGGUUAUAGGUAAACAUGGUGGAGGCAGACCGACCAGGGAAGCUGUUCAUUGGUGGCCUGAACACUGAAACUACAGAGAAGGCUCUUGAAGGCUAUUUCAGUAAAUUUGGCCGAAUAUCUGAAGUUAUAUUGAUGAAAGAUCGUGAAACAAAUAAGUCCAGAGGAUUUGCUUUUGUGACUUAUGAGAAUCCUAGUGAUGCAAAAGAUGCUGCAAGGGAAAUGAAUGGAAAGGCCUUAGAUGGUAAACCUAUCAAAGUAGAGCAGGCCACAAAGCCUCAGUUUGAGUCACUUGGCCGUCGUGGCCCACCAUCAAUGCACCCACGCAGCCGUGGUCCUCCCCGAGUCCUGCGAGGCUCCAGGGGUGCUCCCAGUGGACUACGAGGACCACCAAGCAGAGAGGUUGUAGAACCUUUCUUUAAAGGGAUGUCAUCCAGAGGCCCACCACCUCUCAAAAGGGGACCUCCGAUCCGUGAUGGGGGGCCACCGCCAAAGAGAACAGCACCCUCUGGUCCAAUGGGCAGACCCCCAAUGUCUAGAGACCGGGAUCCGUAUGGUCCUCCUCCACCUCGCAGGGAUUCGCUUAUGUCAAGGAGAGAUGACUAUCCUUCCCCACGUGAUGACCACUACAGUGCUAAAGACAGCUAUUCCAGUCGGGACUACAUGAGCUCGAGGGACAGUAGGGAUUAUGCCCCACCACCACGCGACUACACAUACCGUGAUUAUCCAUCCCAGUCUAGCUCAAGAGAUGACUAUGGUUCUGCCUCUAGAGGCUACAGUGAUCGUGAUGGUUAUGGGGGUGGUCGAGAACCCAGGGGCUAUAUUGAGCGGCCAAGUGCAGGCUCCUAUAGGGAUCCCUAUGACGGUUACGGUAACUCGCGCAGUGCCCCUCCCUCAAGGGGUCCCCCUCCAUCCUACAGUGGGAGUGGCGGAAGCAGUCGCUAUGACGACUAUGGCAGCAGUUCCCGGGAUGGAUAUGGCAGUCGCGAGAGUUACCCCAGCAGUCGGAGUGACCCAUACUCCGCUAGCCGUGGUGAGCGACUGGGCAGGCAAGAGCGAGGCCCUGCCCCCCCCCUAGAGAGAGGCUACCCUCCUCGCGAGUAUAGCAGCUCAAGUCGCGGGGCGCCCCGUGGCGGCAGCCGUGGUGGGGGCAGUCGGGCAGAUAGAGGGAUGGCCCGCAGUCGUUACUGAAAAGGACUCAGUGUGGCGAGAGCGUCAGCUUACUGUGAGGCAUUCUACAUGUGCAGAGGAACAUGGAGUCAGAAUUUUUACCCUCUAUAUGGACUUCAAGCUUCAGUUUCAACCUGUACCCAAACUUGUGGUUUUUUUUUUGGUUUUUUUUCUCUCCCCCCUUUAAGUUGCAAUUUAUUUCUUUUCCCCUGCCCAUCUCCCAUUUAAUGGUACUGUUGCCAAUUUAAGUGCUGAGUGUUAGUUUUUGUACCCUAGUGAUGUUAAACCUGCAAUGCCCAAGUAUGGUUUUCAUUUACCAAUAAAACUUUUAAUCAAAGAGCUUGCACAACCAUGCUUUUCAAAGAAGACUACGGAAACUGCAACUGUCAACUCGCAGCCUCUGUCCUUCAUGGUGAGGGGAAACCAGAUUAAUUCAGUUUAGAUAAUGUGGAGAUUAUUCUUGUUGCCAUUUGUCAGUCUGUUGAAAACAAGAAAAAUGUCACUGCCAAACUCUUUAUCAGUAUAGCUUUCCUCAGUGCAAAUGGAUCCCUCAUCGUAAAGUCUAAACUUUGACGGCUUGCAACGACCAAUCCAAAGACAACCCAAAUGCAAGAAACAGUUCAACACCAGAUUAAACGUGUCAUCUGCUGGUAAGCAAAGCAAACCCUUUUCUCUCGGUAUAAGUGAAGUUGACUCCAUGGUGCGAGUUUCUCUCGACUACAGGUUAGUUAAAUGCCACCCUUGCCUCUUGACCUUUCAGUUGCUAUGCUGCAAUCUAACAACCUACAGUUAUUUCAUACUUGACCAACCUGACACACAAACACCUCUGCAACCAAAGGAGUCUAUAAUGUCUUUAAAAAAAAACAAUGGAUCAUUGAGUUUAAAGGCCCUUAGUUUCAGGAACAAAUGGGGAAACAAUCUGAUGGAAUUUUUUUUUUUGUUUUUUUUUUUGCCAAGUUCAACACAUUCCCAAUGAAAAAAAAAAAAAAAAAAA